AUGUACUUGACUUUCUUAUUCACAGAUGCAGCAUUUAAAAUCCUGAACCCUAAGACAGUUUCAAGAUUUUUUAGACUAAACAGCAACAACGCCUUGAUACAGUUCUUACUGGAGGGUACUCCAGAAAUCAGAGAACACUAUAUUGACUCUAAGAAAGAUGUCGAUCGCCAUCUGAAAGCAGCUUGUGAGCAGUUUAUUCAGCAGCAAACCAAACAAUUUAUAGAGCAGCUGGAGGAGUUCAUGACAAAGGUGGCUGCUUUAAAAGCAAUGGCUACUCAAGGAGGUCCCAAAUACAGCCUUUCUCAGCAGCCUUGGGCACAACCAGCAAAGAUCAACGAUAUGGUCUCUUCCACUUACAAGACAAUAAAAACAAAGCUGCAGUCAACGUUACGAAGCAUGUCACUAUACUUGUCCAAUAAAGACACAGAGUUCAUUUUGUUUAAGCCAGUUAGGUAUAACAUUCCAGCAAAUGUUCCAGAAACUCCAUGCUUUGUUAAAGGAAGAAUUUAGUAAUGAGGAUCUUCAGAUUAUAGCUUGUCCUUCAAUGGAACAGGUGAACUUACUUCUGUCAAUAUCCAAGUAGCUGGUAAGGCUGCUAUUUAAGCAUCCUUGGCUGAAUGACAAGCAAUGAAGGGGAUGUGAAGACGUUUGCUUGAAGUAAAUGAAGGAUUUCCUCCCCCGUGCAGUCCAGUCUGCAUUAAGACCCUCCAGGCUGCUUAACCCCGUUUUUGGAAAAUGUUAAAAAUCAGUUUUAUUGAUUUGUUAAGGUCUUCCUAUUUGCUAGCUUGAGAAGAGGGGGGAAGGAACACAAAACAAACCUUUUGCUGAUUACUCUUAUGGAUGCUCAGUUAACUGCCUUCUCCAAGUAUUCUCAAAUUUGGAGUCCUGUUUUUUGAUGUAAAAAGCUUUCAUACUUUAAGCUGAUUAAUACAGUGAAAAACAGCACUUUCAAAAACACUGGAAAUGAAAUGCAGGAAUGAAAUGGGAGCAGCAGUAGGUAUUUUGCAAGGCUUGGAGAUGGCACGUUGCUAUGACCAUUUGACUUAAUGCUCCAAUUUUAACACCUGUGAGGAUCCUGGUAAUCCACUCUGUGCUCGAACAUAAUUCAGAGGUUUUUAGUUGAGAAGACUGUUUUCCACAUCUGAAGCACUUCUUGAAACACUGGGUGUGCUGUUGUUGUACUGUUGUGAUUGGGAGCCGUGAGGUCUGACCUGAAGGUUCGUGCUCUGGCCUUACUCCAUGUAAAGAAUCUCAGAUUCUUGGAUUUGCAAUGGAAAGCUGUGCAAUACAAUUCCUGUUGGUUCUGAGGGGACUGCGUGUUUUCAGCUGCUUUACAACAAAGCUUAGCAUUGAGAUUCUCAGGUACUUAGAGUUGUAGGUUAGCUGCGUUUUCGUUGCCUUACUGAGAUUAACCAGAGGUGUUGUUUUGUUCAUGGUGGACACUGGGACUGGAACUUGUACAGCCUCUGUGUGCUGGGCUGAGUGCUAAUGGAGCUGUAAAGGGGAUGCCAGGAGUGAAUGUGCAAGCACUGUUAAAUCCCUGUUGUAAGCAGGGGCUCAGUGACUGGUGAACAGUGCACUCUGGUCAGUAUGCACUGAUCAUAAUUUGGGAAAGCUGGUUGCAAUCCACUCUGUCAUUAAUGGAAUGAAACACUAAAAGCAGCUUCAGGGUAUCUCAGUGUGUAAGUCUUUAUUGUACAGCAGUGAGAAGGAAACAUUUGGUGAAGUGCGUGACAGAUUUUUAACUUAUUUGUAAAAACUGUUUAGAAGUUUUAAUUAAGUAGGCACUUCCAUGCACAUCAGUGGUGGUUUUGAUUUAAUGUUUUUUCCUGUAAUAAAUCAUAUGGCUGGAGUCUAAAAUGGUGUGAUUUAGAGCUACCGUGAGGAGUGGUGCAGCAGUGGUGCUGAGGCACAUAAAUGGUACUCAUAGGACCUGACGUGACCCCUAAAAUUAACGAGAGGAAUUAACGAGGACGAAAACUUGCCCUUUCUUUUUACUCAUGUAGAAUUGCAGGCUGUAAAAUAAUGUCCAGUGCAUUGUAAUAUAUGUAUAUUUGUUUUUUUUAUAAAGUUUUACAGAAGGAUUGCAUGGUCACUGUACAAAGCCAUGGAUGACUUCAUACAUUGUACAGAGAAGUUGUGAAGGGUAAACCUUUGCAGCAGUCACUCUUGUGUUUGGGGUUCUCUCCUGGAAUACCCAGACAGCUCUAGGACAGCUGGUUGGAAGAUUAGAAGAGCUAUCAGUUUAUACAGCCUGUUUGCUAAACGAACAUUUGUUUAAACAUGUACAGUUUCAGAUAUUUACGUUUACAAAUAGUGUAAAUACUUUCAAGAGAUUAACUUAAGAUGCUUUAUAUUAUCUGACUAGAAACUUGCUGUUUUUAAUUUUUUUAAAUAAAAAUGUUGCCUCCUAUUUUGGUCAAAGAGUAAAGCUUUAUUCUGUAUCCUGAGGCUUGUCUGUCAAGAUAACUGUAACACAGAGACAAUAAAUACCCUGUAAGCACAGGCGAGGAGUGCGUUACUAAGAAGUGGUGUUCCUUUUUAGCAGUAAGAGAAUUGACUUCAUUUGGCACAGAUGUAGACCUGAGUGCUGAACAUACAGCUAACUGUUGAAGUAAUCUCUCAUUAUGGUUAUAAUAAAGUAAAUUUGUAUUUUCUUUACUGA